CAGGCGACCGUGGUACUAAAGGGCGACUCCCCAGUCACUGGCACUAUCACAUUUGAGCAGUCUUCAGCAGAUGGGCCAGUCAAAGUCUCAGGAGAAAUCGAGAACCUUGACCCUUCCUCUCUGCGUGGGUUCCAUAUCCACUCUCUGGGAGAUCUCAGCAAUGGUUGCAUGUCUACGGGAUCGCACUUCAAUCCAUACGACAAAACCCACGGUGCUCCCUCAGACUCUGUCAGGCAUGUUGGCGACCUUGGGAAUAUCGAGAGCGACGAAUAUGGCACAGCCACCAUUUCCUUCAAGGACAGAUUCAUUUCCUUGAAUGGCCCCACGAGCAUAGUUGGACGGGCUGUUGUCGUUCAUGCGGGUAUCGAUGAUUUGGGAAAAGGCAAUAAUGAAGAGUCUCUCAAGACCGGAAAUGCAGGGGGACGAGCUGCUUGUGGUGUGAUUGGUCUGUUUCUAAUAAUCUUUCACGACAACCUGAUGUUAAUCAAGAGUCACUUUAGGACUCGUGUAAAUCAUCUGAGUAUUGGAGCAUGCUGCAUUGUCUUGCACUUGUCACUUUCAUUGCAUCAUCAUAUGCUGCACGUAUUUCUUGGUCUCUGA